AUGAUGGGCGAAUACGACGCGGCCUUCCCCGGCUACGGAUUUGCCCAGCAUAAGGGCUACGCCACCCGGCAACACCUCCAGCGAUUGCGGGAAUUUGGCCCCUGCGAUAUCCAUCGGCGUUCCUUCGCGCCCGUGGCACAGGCGCACCUUCCGCUACCGGAACAGUCCGCGCGAUUGCAUCUGGAGUCCAAGGGCUACCGGAUCGUUGCCACCAACUUCCGAACCCGCGCUGGCGAGAUCGACAUCGUUGCCCAGCAGGACGACGAGUUGGUGUUCGUGGAGGUGAAGACCAGGAGGGGAGAGUCAUUUGGCCGAGCUGACGAAUCCAUCACCCACGCCAGGGCCGAGCGCUUGGCGGAGGUUGCCGAGGAAUUCAUGCAGUCGCGAUCAGACGGCCAAUAUCACUCCGGUACUGCGUGGCGCAUCGACCUGGUCUGCCUGAACCUUGACUGGAGAGGCAAGCUCUUGUCCGUCAACCACAUUGAGCACGCUGUCAAGCUGUGA